AUGGAUUGGUCACCGGCAAAAUCAGAAUCCUCGUUACCUUCGCCUAUAGGGUCACGUUCACGAUCCGGUUCGCCUCCGCCUUCAACAACUAGAACGGUUACAAUCAAUUUAUUCCCUCUCUCUGAUUCAAUAGAAUUUGCUCCGAAACAUUUAAGUUUCAAUCCUGAUCAAGAAAUUAAGGUUGGCAGAGUUAGUGGAAGCCGUAAUCAAAAAGAAGCUAGACAAGAUAAUGGAGUAUUCAGUUGCGAUGUUAUGUCUAGGGAACAUGCGUUACUGAAAGAAGAACACGGAAAAAUUUUGAUUAAAGAUUUGAAAAGUACACAUGGUACCUUCAUUAAUACUAUAAGGUUAGGCGAUGGUUCAGACGAGAGUGACUGGCGUGUCUUAAACCACGGUGAUGUUAUCACUUUUGGUCAUAGUGUUAGGCGUAAUCAAAAUUUGUACAAGCACCUAUCAGCAUAUAUUUUUUACCCUAAAGAAACGAAAGACGAUACACUUCCUCCAAACAAAUUCAACGGAGCUACACCAAAUGCAUUGCCUGUUCCAAGUCCUCCCACAUUUAUUAAAACUGAACGUAUUUCAGAAAAUGAACCAUCACCUUCGUCAGUAGUUUCGAAGAAACCGGUUUCGGUUGUAAGUACAGGAACUUCAAUCCUACAAAGUAGAAGUGAAGGCCCUGCGUCUUAUUAUAUUGCAAAAUCCGGUGGUUUACCCUCUGCUACGUCUGGUAUAACCAACCCUCAUGGCAACAAAUUCGGUGGUCUGAAUAGCUUAUCCGUUACUAAACCGCGCAUCACUGAUAACGUCACACAUACCAGUGAAGCACCUGUUACUGAACCAAAACAGCAGAAACAAGAAGUUAGCCUCAAUUCUAGUACAAGUGAAGAAAUGUUGUCUUCUAUUCAAAAGUUAAAUAUUGGUCAGUCUGAUGAAAAAACACAUAUAAAAGUUGAACGUAAAGAGCAAACAGCACAAACAGCAAAAUCUGAUCAGGACAAACGUAGUGCUUCUACGAAAAAUGAUGAAAAAGUCGAGAAUUCAAAAAAUGUUGAAAAUGUACAUAAAUCCGUGUCUUCUGAAAGAACUGAUGAGACUGGUCCCGUAGAGGUUACAGAAGAAUCAACUGUUAUUCGAUCAUCAGUUUCCACUACAAGAACAACGGUUUCAUUUGCUGCACCCGCUCCCGUUAAAGAAAGAUUAUCUACACAAGGUACAAGAGAAACAAAACAACCAUCAAAAAUCUCUCGACGGGAGAAAGAUAAUAGCAGGGAGAAGGAUAAUCACAGAGAAAAGGAAAACUACCGAGAGAGGGAGAGCCACAGCAGAGAGAGGGAGGGCCACCGAGAGAAGGAAAGCCACAGCAGAGAGAAAGAGGGCCACAGGGAGAAGGAGAGUCACAAAGAGAAGGAUAUUCACAAAGAUAGAGAGGUUCAUAAAGAGGCUCACAAGGAGAGAGAGAGCCAUAAAGAGAAGGAAUGCCUGAAAGAGAUAGAAAGCAAUAGAGAGAAAGAGAGUAAUACAGAUACUGAUAAGUGCGAAAAUGUCAGUAAUGGUGAAGGACCCUCUCAUGUGACCGAAGAUGACACCUCAACUGCUGCUACUUCAAACAUUUUACGCAAACGGAAAUACGAAGAAGUUGAAGAAGAAUUAAAUGGACCAAGAGAAGUAAUUGUUCUCAAAAAAAGGUUGGCGGAAUUAGAAGAAGUUGCUAUUCAUGAAAAUAAACGUAGAAAAUGGGAUAUUGUAUACUCUACUGUUGUUGGUAUGGCGGCAGGAGCUCUUAGUGUUACAGCUUUUGUUAUUAUUUGUAUAAAUCGUCGUUAUCAACGAUUACCUACAGUGUUUUCUUCAAAUUCAUUUCAAAAUGAUAUAGAAAAUGGACUAACUUCGGAAACCUUUGAUCUUGAACAAAAUAUAAUUGAAGGUGAUUCAAGACCAGGUUUGGAAGAUUCUGAAGAAAUUAAAAGAAUAAUGGAAGUUGAACAUGUUAAUUUUGAUCAAGCCAGAUUAAUUAGACAACAAAGAAAAUUCAAAACCAAUAAUAUUGAUCCACAAACUGGUUUACCAAGGGAUCCAAAAUUAGUUACAUUUUCAUAA